AUGACUCUUAUCAAAUCAAUUUCAUUGUUGGGUAAUUCAUUCUCUGGUUUGGAAAACAACUCUUCCUCUGACAUUGCAGGAUCCAUUGGUAAAUCGUCGAUUGAUUCUGACUCUCAGGAGCAAUACUUUGGUUGGGGUAGAAGAAGAAGAACUACCAAUGUUAUUUUUGGUGAUGUUAAUAUCUUUGGUGGAGGUUGUGGCGGUUGUGGAGGUUGUGAUGGUUUUGGUGGUUUAGUUAGAGUUAGAGUUAUACAAAUAGAAAAAGAUAAAGAGAUAAAGAGAUAA